GGUCCAUGUUUGGACCAAGUGGAUGAUGUGAUGUCAACCUAACAGUGUUUCAAUGAGGACCAUUCUCCACUGUAGGUACACAUUAAAUGAGAGGAUGAGAGAGAGAGACAGACAGAGUGAGAGCGAGCGAGAGAAAGAAAGAGAGAUUGAGACAAGGAGUCCUCUCAAUGCUCUACCAGCCAAUAGCACAUCUCAGUGAAGUACUGUUGUUCACUCCAGUCAAGUAUCCAUGUCGCAUUCAGGCUCCAGUUCCGGGUUUUGUGCGUCACCGGGCUGUGUGAACGGGCAGUGAGAGUGCCUGCCGUGCCGUGCUGCAGUAGAGGAUUGUGUCGAGAUUAGAAGUAGUCUCACUGGAGAGCAGAGCAUCUUGCUGUCCGUUGCCCCUUUCCCCUUUUUUUGCCCUCCUCUUCAGAGGGUUCGGAUAAAAGAAAAAGAAAAGAAGAGAAAAAAAAGGAAGAGGAGGAGGAAGGAAAUAGAAAAGAGAGCUGACAUCAGUGAGACUGGUUCAGAGGGAGAGUGAAGCAUCUCUCACACACAUGACUGUGAUCCUCUGCUGUCAUCGUGUGAAAGACAAGCCCAUGCUCUCUGAUGUCUCCUGCCUCUGGACACCUUGCCAGAAUCACAGUGCACACUGUGUGGUGAGCCAGAAGACCAGCAGUAUUCAUGGUCUCCCUCUCAGCACUUCGAUGAAGAAAGCAACUCCCCUCCUCCACCCAGGAACAUGAAGGCUCUAUCGGGCGGGCGGCCCAGCCAGCUCCAGAUCACCUCGGCUCACACCUGCGGCCUGGCCGACUGCGAACACUCCCUGGACCACCAUGACUCCCGCCAUGACUCCCGCACCCCCUCUUACCUCCUCAGCCCCACAGAGAGCUGUCCCAUGGAGCACCGCCGCUGUUCUCCCCAUAGCUCCAUCCACUCUGAGUGCAUGGCAAUGCCCGUCUCCAUGGCCAACACAGACCACUCCAUCUCCAGCAGCACCUUUCCCAGGAUGCAUUACAGUUCCCACCACGACGGCAGCGGGUCACGGGACAGUGGUGGUGGUGGAGGAGGUGGUGGUGGUGGAUCACGGGAUCGAGACGAGUGUGGCUCGUCGCACAGCGGCAGCGGUAAAAUGAACAGAAUCCCGGCCAACCUGCUGGACCAGUUUGAGAAGCAACUUCCGUUACAUCGCGACGGCUUCCACACACUGCAGUACCAGAAGACGCACACCACCACCACGGAGCAGCGCAACGAGAGCCCCGGGAGGAUCCGACACCUGGUCCACUCUGUCCAGAAGCUCUUCACCAAGUCCCACUCCCUGGAGGGCUCGUCCAAGAUGAACGGCACCAAGGGGGACUCGCACCGGGAAGGCUCCCACCACCACCAUCCCAACCACCAUGGACACCACAAACACAGCAAACGCAGCAAGAGCAAAGAGCGUAAGUCAUCAGACAGCAGCGGGAAGCAGCGCUCCGGGGUGGCGGGCUGGUGGAGCUCGGACGAUAACCUGGACAGUGACAGUACGUACCGGACGCCCAGCGUCAUGUCCCGCCAACAGGUGGACCACAUCAGCCACUGCUACCCCGACUCUGUCCACAGCCACUACGGGGACCUGUCGCUCAAGACCUCCAAGAGCAACAACGAUGUGAAGUGUUCCGCGUGUGAGAGCGUGGCCAUGGCUCCUGAAGGGAAGUUCAUGAAGAGGAGCUCCUGGUCAACGCUGACUGUCAGCCAGGCCAAGGAGGCCUACAGGAAGUCUUCCCUAAACCUGGAGAAACCCAUGACGCCCACAGACCUCAAGCCCAACCUCAGGCCCUGCCACUAUCUACAGGUACCUCAGGAUGAGUGGAGUGGUUACCCAGGGGGUGGUAAGGACGAUGAGAUACCCUGUCGGAGGAUGAGGAGCAGCAGUUACGUCAAAGCCAUGGGUGAUGAGGAGAGUGGAGAGUCUGACUCCAGCCCCAAGACCUCCCCUGUGAAGACGGUCCGGCCAGACGCCCUGGUCAAGUCUGUCAUGCAGAGACCACUCCUAGACUCCCAGAGCUCUUACCGGGUGGAUAAAAUGAACAGUGACGUGCGGAACUACAUCACCAAUUUUGCUGCAGACUUAAGUCAGAACUACCACUUGCAGGCCUCAAGAGACAUGCACCCCCACCACCCCAGCAUGGCCCUGGAGCCCUCCACCAACUACAACUCCCAGCAGCCACCUCUCCCAGCAGCCCAGUUCCGCUCCAGGAACCAGAGCUACAUGCGGGCGGUCAGCACUCUCAGCCAGGCCAGCUGUGUUAGCCAGAUCAGCCAGGUGAGUGAGACAGAUAUAAACGGUCAGUUUGAGUCAGUCUGUGAGUCGGUGUUCAGUGAGGUGGAAUCCCAGGCUGUGGAGGCUCUGGACCUGCCCGGCUGUUUCCGGACACGGAGCCACAGCUACCUGAGGGCCAUCCAGGCUGGCUACUCCCAGGAUGAUGACUGCAUCCCCACCUUGACCUCCUCCACUGUCACCUCCACCAUCAGGUCCACCACAGGGAUCCAGUUCCGCCUUCCCUCUACCUGCACCAUUGACCGGACGACCCACGAAACCCCAGUGGUCACGUACACGAACAACUACAAGAAGACGACCCCUCCGCCGGUCCCACCCCGCUCCACCUCAGGCUCCAAGCCCCUCAUCUCCGUCACUGCCCAGAGCAGUACAGAGUCCACCCAGGACACGUACCAUGAGGGCAGGCACCCUCGAGGGUGGGGGGACGGGCUGGGCCUGAGCCUGGGCAGGGCGCUGUAUAACUCCACAGACAGCCUGGACAGUGCCAAGGCCGUGACCAUAGCCAUGGAGGCAGCUGGGCUGAGGUCUGGGAAGAGGCACCCGUCCACAGACCGUCACAGUCACAGCUCAGUGAUGACCUGUGAUAAAGCCAUCCUGGUGUCCAAGGCUGAGGAGUACCUCAAAACACCACGCUCCUCCAUAGGGAUACAGGUGGAAGCAGCCACCGACUCGGAGUCAGAAAGUAAAGGGUCUAAGGAAUACCAUUCUGUGGGGAUCCAGGUGGAAGCUGACAGACGAGGGCAGGGCAGGUUGAAGCGCUCCAACAGUGUAACAGCCUCUGUGCAGGCUGACAUGGAGAUGGAGGGGUUUCCCACCAUGGAGGACAAGGGCCUACAGUUUGGAGGGGGCUUCCUAGGGGGGCACUCUGAGCCCAGCACGCCCACCCAGUAUGGGGUGCGCACCGUCCGCACCCAGGGCCUCUUCAGCUACCGGGAGGACUACCGGACCCCUACGGAGCCCCCUUGCCCCCAGCAGACCUCCAACGAGACCACCUGGCAGCUAGAGCCCCCCUCCCCCAGGGAGCCAGCAGAGUCGUCGGGCGAGUCGGGCCGGACGUCCCCCGCCUUGCGGAGGGAUGGAAGCUGGUUCAUGCAGCUGCUCCACGCAGAGACCAAGAGGAUGGAGGGAUGGUGUAAAGAGAUGGAGGCGGAGGCAGAGGAGAACGACCUCUCUGAGGACAUCCUAGGUAAAAUCAGGAGUGCGGUGGGCAGUGCUCAGCUCCUUAUGUCUCAGAAAUUCCAGCAGUUUUACUGGUUGUGUCAGCAGAACCUGGACCCCAGUGCCAUGCCCCGCCCCACCUCUCAGGACCUGGCUGGAUUCUGGGACCUCCUGCAGCUGUCCAUCGAUGACGUAACCGCCAAGUUUGACGAGCUGCAGCAGAUAAAGAACAACGACUGGAGGCCCGUGGAGAAGAGCCCAGAGAAAAGGUUACCACCUGUCGCACCAAAGAAGUCCAUGAUCGGGAAGAGAGGCGUGACACGGGAGAAGUCUCUUGACCUUCCAGACCGCCACCGUCUGGAAGCACGCAGGAGGCUGAUGCAGGCCAAGCGGGCUGCUUCCUUCCGUCAGAACUCGGUGUCAGAGAGAGCAGACAGCAUCGAGAUCUACAUCCCUGAGGCCCAGACUCGCCUUUGAGAGGACUGGGACAGGGGUCAAGGGUGAGGGGCGUCUCCCCCCUCAGACUACCCCUCAACUAGACUCUCCUUUAACUAGCCUUUUUUCUAGACUAUCUACUGUACACUUCCCUCCUUUAUCUGUCUCCUCAUGACUUCACUAUCAUCACCUUCGGAGUUCAUCUCCACUCCAGGCCACACUGAGUAGGAUAUCACAAAAAUCCUCUUCCAUCAACAGAUAUGUAUUAGUGGAUGUACACUGAGUAUACUAAACAUCAGGAACACC